AUGUCCAAACCAGCCAGUAUCACUGUGACGGAGACCGAGUACGGAGAUCAAGAAUCAGAAUUGCUAGCAAGCCUUGGUCUCCAACGAGGAAGCAAUGGUCUGAUUUCCUGGCGGUCGGACAGCAAAGACCAUCCCCGGAACUGGACCAGUGGGCGAAAAGUUUUUGACACGACCGUCAUCAUCUUCCUGGAGUUCUUCGUCACUGUCGUUAGCACGGCCGGAGCCUCAGCAGCACAUGCAGCACAGGCAGAUUACGGCGUCGACAAGGUGUCUUUGACAAUGGCCUUCACAUUUAUGUACAACCUCGGCCAGGCUUUUGGGGGCCUCUUAACCCCAGCAUUCUCCGAGCUCAUCGGGCGUCGGACCCCCUACCUCGUCUCCAGCGCCGUCUUCAGUCUCUUCUGCCUCGUGGUCGGCAUCGUCCCUCACCUCUCGGCCGUGUGGAUCGGCCGCUUCGUCACGGGUUUCACGUCCGCGGUGCCCGCCGUCGUCACUGCCGGCAGCAUCCACGACAUGUUUGACGGCUCGCAGCGCGUCUGGCUCGUCGUGGUUUGGAACGCCGGGUCCACAGCUGGGCUGUGCCUGGGCCCGGUCUUCGGGGCCUACAUCGCGUCGGCGUGCGGCUCUUGGCGAUGGGUCUUCCGCUGCUCGGCCAUCAUCACUGGCAUCUGCUUCGCGUGUCUGUUGGGCAUCCGGGAGAGCAGGUCCAGCCAGAUCCUGAAACGCAAGAUGGCCGUGCUCGAAGCUCGGGGCGGCAGCGUCCGAAACCUCGACUGGUUCAACCCGGACGACGCGCCCGACGCGAGGACGAUGGUUGAACUGGCCGUCGUCCAGCCCCUCCGGCUGCUGGCGACGGAGCCCAUCGUCGUCAUGGUCACGACCAUCUCGGCCGUGUCCUGGGGCAUCAUCUACCUCUUCACCGAGUCGCUGCCGGAAGUGUACAUGUCCCUCGGUGCUGGCUUCACGCGCACUACGUCCUCGAUGGCCUUCCUGGCCUUUUUGCCUGGUGUUGUGCUGAGCUUUCUGCCUCGUCUGUGGGACCAGAGGGUUGUUCGCAAGGGUCUGCAGCGGGGCGAGGGGAUACAACCUGAAGGCAAGAUCAUGGGUUUUGCCAUCGCCGCUCCUGCGUUGGCCGUCGGGCUGAUAUGGUUCUCCUGGGCCAUCCCUCCUGCGGCGCCCCGAAUGCAUUGGCUGGUCCCCACGGCUGCACUCAUCCCUGUCGGAUUUGCCGUCAACGAGAUGGCCUACACGCUCAGCGCCUAUCUCACCGACGCCUACCUGGUCUACGCCGCUUCCGCCUUCUGUGGUUUGGCCUUCGUCCGGGCCUUGGUCUCGGGCGUCAUGCCUCUGGUGGGACAGCAAAUGUAUCCGGCUUUGGGCGCAAACGUUGCGGGCACACUCGUCGCCUGCUUCGCACUUGUCUUCUGCCUGGCUCCUUGGGUCUUUUAUCGGUAUGGCAAAGCCCUGAGAGAGAAGAGCCCGUUCGCUAGGCACAGUUUGGAAAGUCAUCUCAAGAGUCAGAUUCCUGUGCGGAAUGAAGUGGACGCAGCGCCCUGA